AUGGAAAAUAAAACAGGGUUCCAAACGAACUUCCUAGUUCCUAACAUAACUUUUUUUUCAAGACAAGCAGUCACUGUCAAGGACGUUGCUAAUCUUCAGAGUUUGAAAAAUCGUUGGUCCAACUUCCCUGGAUACAACAGCCGUUUAACCUUAAGAACUCCACUGGAAAUCAGCUUGGCUUUCUCACAACCCGAUAUCGAAACUAAUUUAUCAGAUUUUUAUUUGAAUGUCACCUCUUUGGAUCUGUCUAGUAUGAAUCUCAAUAAGCUCACAGGCAUUGAAGCUUUACCAAACUUGGUCAACUUGAGCUUGAAGAACAACCGGUUUUGCUCAAUAAAAAAGCUUAAGAUUUUGGAGAACUUAGAGUUCCUCGAUGCUUCCUGCAACAAAAUACUGCGUGCAGAUCAACUUCCGAUUAAAUUGAAACACUUGAAUCUUUCACAAAAUCAUUUAGUCUCUCUACAGUUUUGCAUUGAAGUUCAGGAUUUGGAAGUGUUGAAUGUUAGUAGGAAUCAAAUUAAAUCUUUGAAAGGCUUGGAGAACUGCGUGAAUCUACAAGUUCUCAUCGCUAACGACAAUCAGUUGAAAGACAAACUAGAAGUCGAUAAUAUGAAGAAUUGUUCAAAACUAACCUAUAUUGACUUUGUGAGAAACAAGUUAACCUCUUUAGAUGGUUAUAGAGCAAGACUACUCAUGCAAUUCCCACUCUUGUCAGCUUUAGAUAGGGAAAAUAUACCCGUAGAAGAUCGUAUACUAUCUUUCAACAAGUCCGGCAGAGGAUUGACUCUGGAAGUUUUGAAAAAAAAGUAUCCAAAUCUCGAUGAAAUAACCAAAAUCUCCAUGGUCGAACAAAAGUUGGAAAUUAUUGUUCUGGAUGAACCAUGUCUCAACAAAAUGAACCAAAUAACUGAACUCGAUUUGUCAAGAAAUCAGUUUGAGAAUGUGAAGAAACUUGGAUAUUUGAGUAAUUUGAGAAAGUUAAACUUAUCGAAAAACCACAUCAAAUUACUUUGGUCACAGUCGAAGGUUGAUGAAGCGGAAGAUGUCAUUCCUUUUUCUCAAGUAGAAGUUUUGGAUAUAAGUGGAAAUGAGUUGAACAGCAGUCUCUUAUCGCUAAUUGGACUUCAAUAUUUUCAGUCUCUCAAAAAAUUAAUUUUGAAUGAUAACUUACUUACUUUAUUUGACAGCUCAGUGUUAGAUUUGCCGUAUUUGGAGGAGGUUCAUCUUCAACGCAACUUAUUGAAAACAAUCAAAAGGAAAUGUUUGAAUCAGUUGAACUCUUUGGAUAUUUCAUAUAACCGUCUGAAAGACAUCAAUGGAUUAGUUUGCCCAAACUUGAAAACUCUUAAUAUUGCACAUAAUAGUAUAACAACCUGUUCAGCCUUGAAACCUAUAUGUGAUAUGAAAAUUCUUCAAAAUCUCGACUGCUCAGCUAACCCAGUCAUUUCGCAUCGUGUUUAUUUGGAUUUCAUAAAAACUCAAGCAGCUUCUAUCGAUAUUCUGGACACAAAACAAAUAUCAGCAUAUGUUCCAAUUGAUAAAAGAAGAUUAUCAGCAGUUAAUUUAGAACAUGAAAAAGAACGAAACGAGAGUCUAUCAUCACAUUCGUUCCUAGAAUGGGAGGAUACAUUGCUCACACCAAAAUCUGAGUCUUAUGAUUUCGUUUUGAGACCAAGAUCGUUCGGAAACCAUUUGUCUGUAAACGGCAUAAAGAUGACAAAACAUCGCAAAUCGUUCGGAAGCUGA